AUGGUGGACAGGCGGGAGCCAAGAUACCGAAAUGCCACCAAUUUUCCUACUGCUCUGGCCGUGUUGAGUGCCUUUACUGCCAGUGCCAGGAUCAACAAGUGCCAGGAUCAACCAGUGCCAAGGUCUACCAGUGCCAAGGUCAACCAGUGCCAGGGUCAACCAGUGCCAGGUCAACCAGUGCCAAGGUCAAGCAGUGCCAGGGUCAACCAGUGCCAGGGUCAACCAGUGCCAAGGUCUACCAGUGCCAAGGCCAACCAGUGCCAGGGUCAACCAGUGCCAGGGUCAACCAGUGCCAAGGUCUACCAGUGCCAAGGUCAAGCAGUGCCAGGGUCAACCAGUGCCAGGGUCAACCAGUGCCAAGGUCUACCAGGGCAGGUUCUACCAGUGCCAAGGUCACCAGUGCCAAGGUCAAGCAGUGCCAGGGUCAACCAGUGCCAAGGUCUACCAGUGCCAAGGUCAAGCAGUGCCAGGUCAACCAGCGAAAGGGUUAACCAGUGCCAAGGUCUACCAGUGCCAGGGUCAACCAGUGCCAAGGUCUACCAGUGCCAGGGUCAAGCAGUGCCAGGGUCAACCAGUGCCAGGGUCAACCAGUGCCAAGGUCUACCAGGGCAGGUUCUACCAGUGCCAAGGUCUACCAGUGCCAAGGUCAAGCAGUGCCAGGGUCAACCAGUGCCAAGGUCUACCAGUGCCAAGGUCAACCAGUGCCAAGGUCAAGCAGUGCCAGGGUCAAGCAAUGCCAGGGUCAACCAGUGCCAGGGUCAACCAGUGCCAGGGUCAACCAGUGCCAAGGUCAAGCAGUGCCAGGGUCAAGCAGUGCCAGGGUCAACCAGUGCCAAGGUCUACCAGGGCAGGUUCUACCAGUGCCAAGGUCUACCAGUGCCAAGGUCAAGCAGUGCCAGGGUCAACCAGUGCCAAGGUCUACCAGUGCCAAGUCAACCAGUGCCAAGGUCAAGCAGUGCCAGGGUCAAGCAGUGCCAGGGUCAACCAGUGCCAGGGUCAACCAGUGCCAGGGUCAACCAGUGCCAAGGUCAAGCAGUGCCAGGGUCAACCAGUGCCAGGGUCAACCAGUGCCAAGGUCUACCAGGGCAGGUUCUACCAGUGCCAAGGUCUACCAGUGCCAAGGUCAAGCAGUGCCAGGGUCAAGCAGUGCCAGGGUCAACCAGUGCCAGGGUCAACCAGUGCCAAGGUCUACAAGGGCAGGUUCUACCAGUGCCAAGGUCUACAAGUGCCAAGGUCAAGCAGUGCCAGGGUCAACCAGUGCCAAGGUCUACCAGUGCCAAGGUCAAGCAGCGCCAGGGUCUACCAGUGCCAAGGUCAAGCAGUGCCAGGGUCAACCAGUGCCAGGGUCAACCAGUGUCAAGGUCUACCAGUGCCAGGGUCUACCAGUCAAGGUCUACCAGGGCAGGUUCUACCAGUGCCAAGGUCUACCAGUGCCAAGGUCAAGCAGUGCCAGGGUCAACCAGUGUUAGGGUCUACCAGUGCCAGGGUCAACCAGUGCCAGGGUCAACCAGUGCCAGGGUCUACCAGUGCCAGGGUCAACCAGUGCCAGGGUCAACCAGUGUUAGUCAACCAGUGCCAGGGUCAACCAGUGUUAGGGUCAACCAGUGCCAGGGUCAAACCAGUGCCAGGGUCAACCAGUGCCAGGGUCUAACAGUCCCAGGGUCAACCAGUGCCAGGUCAACCAGUGUUAGGGUCAACCAGUGCCAGGGUCAACCAGUGUUAGGGUCUACCAGUGCCAGGGUCAACCAGUGCCAGGGUCAACCAGUGCCAGGGUCUAACAGUGCCAGGGUCAACCAGUGUUAG